UUUCUUAAUAAAUGGAAUGUAGACAGCAUUAAUAACAGAAAAACCAUGACUGAUCAGCUGCUCAUGUUAUGACUACAAUAUUGGCAGCACCAUAAUGAAGACGGAGAGAGAGGUCACCGGACAAGACACCCUUCCUUUCUUCGACGGGCCGUCUGGUCUUUUGCACCACUCGAGAGAUCUGUCGGCCAUUGUCGUCGACCAUUGGUCUUCAUUUGCCGCACGGCCUUCGAGCACGGCACAUCAGCUGAUAUUACCUCACAAGUUCUUUUUCAAUACAAUUAUCGUCGUUUAGGUAUGAAAAAUUCCAUUUAAAAUACCACAUACUCUGUUAAAACUUAUACCGAACGACACGGUUUUUAAAAAUACAACCGCAAUGGCCGCCAAACUGAAUGUGGAUAUGAACUACGCCAUAAUGACCAUCAACUCUCAAAUCGUGUACAAGCCUCUGGAUCAGAACAAAGACCCAGAACCCGACAACGACCAUGAAGUUUACGUGGGUAAUUUGCCGUUGCACUACACCAUCGAAAAAUUCAUCAACUUUUCCAAAAAAUCUGGUCCAAUAUACAGUGUUCGACUACUUAAAGGAAAUGGAGGAUUGAAUAAAGGGUUUGGCUAUAUAAUGUAUAGAAAUUUAGCUGCUGUUGAAGUUGCCAUUGAUAUGUACAAUGGAACGUUACUUAAAGAAAGUGAGAUGGGUAAGCCAUUGAUUGUACAAAAGAGUUUAAGAAAUACAAUCAUGAUGAUAUAUGGACUUUCCCAAAGAAACAACACAAAACACUUCAUUAAAAAUGAAAUCAAUUUUUUUGUACUCAACCAUCCUUCAUUAUUGUUAAAGUUUGAAUGUGAAGAUGAUUCCAAGAUAUUUUUGUCUUUCAAAUCACUUAAAGCAGCACAAAUUUUUAAGAAAAAACUAAAAGAUUCAUUUAAUAGAUAUGGAGUUAAAAUGUACUAUUUUAAUGACACAGAAAACUGGCGUAUAUCCUACGACUACCACCAAAUUUUGGUUUGUUACACCUAACACCUAAUAAAACGCCAACAAAACUACCUAUAAUACAUUAAAAACAAAAGAAAGGAAC